CUGUAGUUCUGUGGAUCCUGCUUCGUGCUUCGCUGUGGUGCUUCGCAAAAAAUUGCCUAAAUAUUUCUAUGUACUUUUUGGUACUUUUCAUAAUCUGUGCUUUUCGUUGAAUUUAUUCCAAGAAAUUUUUAAAAAUAUAAAUAAGUGGUAUCGAAUAUAUAAUGAGUCACAUAGGUCAAUUAAACAGAAACUUUUGAAAUUGACCCACAAGAUAUUUAAUUUACACAUUUAACAGUAAUUAUAACAGAAAUAUGAGUCACCUUCUUAUAGUAUGAAUAACUUGUGAACUACUGUAUAAAUAGGAUGUUUUUCAGCUAUGGCUAAAUCCGUUUACAGCAAAGUGGAUGAAUAUGGUUUUGAACGAUCAGAAAAUUUCAAUUACGAUGUGCACGAUAAAUUUAUGUCUCAGUAUAUACGAGUAUUAACGAGAAGGUCGCAGAGAUGGAAUUCAAUAAAGGGUAACAUUUUCAGUAAACCAAAUGUGUUGAAGAGAUUCAUAAGAAAAGGGGUUCCUAGUGAUUUACGGACGUCUGUUUGGAUGCGUGUAUCUGGAGGAGAAGAGAUUAGGACUAAUAGUUCUUCUACCUACAAUAAUUUGAGAGAAAAAAUUGAUAAUCAGUAUAUUAUUGAUAUAAUUCAAAUUGAUUUACCCAGAACUUUUCCAGAAAAUAUCUUCUUUAGUGCUCAUGAAUACCUUCCAAAAAUGCUCUUCAAUGUCCUAGCAACAUUUGCACAUCAAAAUAAAGAUGUUGGUUACUGCCAGGGCCUCAAUUACAUAGCAGGGCUGUUAUUAUUGGCAACAAAAGACGAAGAAGCCUCCUUUUGGUUGCUAAAAGCACUAGUUGAAAAAAUUCUACCUCAAUACUACAUUGUUACUAUGACAGGCCUCUUGAUUGAUCUCGAUGUUUUAGAUGAAUUAGUUCAUAAGUAUGAGCCAGUCGUACAUAGGCAUAUACAAAAUGUAGGCAUGCCCUGGGCAAUGGGAACUACCAAAUGGUUCAUUUGCUUGUAUUCUGAGGUAUUGCCUGCAGAAACUGUGUUCAGAAUAUGGGAUUGUUUAUUCAAUGAAGGAUCAAAAAUUAUUUUUAGGGUUGCAAUUACUCUAAUAAGGCUGCACAAAGACAAAAUUUUACAAACUAGUGAGUUGGGAGAGUUAAUAGGCUGUUUUAGAGACAUGAGAAACCAUGAGUCAGUGAUUAACUGUCACCAGUUCAUGCAAGAGGUAUUCAGACUAUCUGGGAACUUGUCCAAUUCUACAUUGUCUAAGCUAAGAGCCAAAUAUAACCAAGAAAGAACAAAAUAAACCAAAGUUUUUCUAUAAAAGACAUUAUAAUUUGUUAAAAGCACAAAAUCUAGUCUAUAAUUAAGAUUUUCAAUUUA